AGAGGGCGUGUCCAAACGAAGGGCAGAGGGGACUCCACAAUGGGAGACAGUUUUCAGGAGCAGCUAAUAGAGGACAGCGCCUUCCUCAAAGCUGACCGGAGACUGGACACAGAGCUGGUGGACAAACUCAUCCUGCAGCUCAACAGAAUCUACCCACAGAUCCUCACAGAUAAGGAGGCCACCAAAUUCCGAAAUUUGGACGUGCCCACUAGUUUUCGACUGGGUGAACUCCUGACACAUCUGCAAGGGAAAGGCGAGGAAGCAUGCAAGGAGUUUUACAGAGCUCUGCACUUGCAUGUAGAGGAGGUAUACUACAGCUUGCCCACACGGCUCCGCCUGAGAGAUUCCUUGGAUCCAUUUACAUAUCCACGUGCUCCCAAACAGAGAUAUGUUCUGAACGACAAAGGUCCCCUCUUUUUCCUGGGAUGUUUCAGUGUUGCUGUUGGAAUGGCUUUACUCUAUUAUUAUGGUGAAGCUAAAGUGACGGGAGGCAGUCGGGCCCUCGGGAUGGCUGCUCUGGGCCUGAAAAAAAAAGCUCAGGAGGUUCUUAUUUGGUACACUGAAGAAAGCCUCAUGAGUUAGGGGGUGAUUCCUUCACACCAGGUGCUUCGGCGGUACUGCUCUAAUGAAUACUAUUCAUACCAAAGCACAGCACACUAUAUCUUUUGAAGGGUUCAAUACUAAUUUUAUACAGUUUCAUACAGCAUUUUGUUACAGCUGGCACUUUGCUUGUCUUUUUUCUAGUACUAUACCAGCAGUCUGUUUAAACAGGUUGAAGGAAUGAAUACUUUAAACUUAAGCGAGGAACAAGAAGAUUUAACAAUUUAUUUUCACAGCAAGCUCCAAAUGUAGUGUAAAGCAGUUUUACAAACCAAGAAAACACUGAUUGUUUUGAUGACAAAAUGAGACAUGAAAUAACUAAAAUAUUAACACUGGUAUGGACAUUCUUGGCUAUAUAGAACAUUUUAUGUCACUACAAAAAUAUAAGUCCCCAUUUAAUCAGUACAUUUUGGUGUAGUGGCUCAGACCAAUUUUCUACCUUACUUGGGUCCAGAUAACACUAUUUUUGCAGUGUGUUUAUUUGAGUAAAGAAGAAUUAUGCUGCCUUAUCUGCUCAGUCGCCACUGAUAAAAGGGCCAUUAAAAUAAUUUCAAUGUCCACCCUGCAUAGAGCCAGACCAGACCAUGAUCACCAUCUUGCGGUCAGAAGCGAAACUACAGCACCAAACAUAGACUAACUUGUGUUGGUUACAAAAACCUUCUCGAUUCACUUCUCUGUUCACAUAAAAAAUAUAAAUAUUUAUUAGUCCGGGGUACAGCCAUAAAUAAUAUCAAGCAGGGGGUGCAGUGCGAUAUUUCAGGCGAGUUCAUAGUGAGCGUUCUGAUCACGUGAUUGCUUCAACCAAUGAUAUCCCGCUAACCUAGCGCAGUGCAUUAUAGGUAAAGUUGCGACUAAAACAAACCGAGAUAAACUAACAUCGAGGAACUGUAAUAAUGAAGCUUAAACACUGAUCUACCAGAUUAAAGGGAAAAAUACAAGAGUUGCACUUUGUAAAUAUAAUACUCGUAAAUCCAGAAAAUGCACCAUAAGUGAAACCAAAGUGAGUAAUUCCCAGUAUAUAAUGUGACGUCCGCUGGUUUGGAGGUGUGUUGUAUGAAAGGAGAGAAGGUUAGCACUCCCCUUGACAAGGAUGGAAUUGGCCCUUGUGGCCUGCAACACACAUACGGUUAAGGCAUUGCCACCUACUUCGUGGCAUCUCUAACCAUGUUUUUCCAGCUGUUAAACUUUAAAGUUUUGUCAAAGACUGAGAACGUAAACAAACGAUGCCUUGGUUUAGCUUAACUGUAUAUUUACUUGGCCUAGACCACGUCUCCCGUAUGCACCAUGUACUUUAAGACGGGAAGCGUGUCUGUCUAUUUCCAUUGGGUCACCACAGGAUGCCAACUUUAUAUAUUUCCGGUUUGCCGGUGGUGGCAUUUAACCUACUGCUGAAUACACCAUGGAAAGCUGCAGGUUUUGCUCUGCAGUGUGUGUCUCAGUAAUGGUAAACUCUGUGCGAGAUUUUAAAAAGCACAUUUAAAGAGCACAUUUAAAUGUUUGCUCACAAUAUUGAUAGAUAUUCCAUUGUGGAUAUUUUUAUGUUCUUAUUGUGGCUUUUUUUUGCAGAGUUAGUGAGUUUGUGAUAAGCCUAUUCUAAAUGCAAAGUGGAGUAGUAAAUUAAUAGAUCUAAAAUAGCAGACAUAAAGCAUUUGAUGGUAAUUUUGAAGUUGUUUGGAAACACUUUCGGAAACGUACAAUAAAGAGCUUCAGAACGUAACAGUAACUAUGAUAAUCUUUAGGAUUUAGGUGCCAUCAGAAAAGGCAAUAUCAGCGGCACCUCAAAACAUUUUGCAGCUUGUAUUUGUACCACUUUUGUAAUAUCGUUUCUAAAGGGAGAUAUUGAUAUUUGAUUUCUGAUGGUUGUCAAUAAUGUCUUCUCACUGAGCAGUGCCUUUGUGUUUGUGACAUUCUGUUUUUAAUUUGUAAUGUGAAAAUGCCUUAAACAUAGAAGUGCCAUCAUUUGUUUGACUGAGACUUUUGUCUUUGUACAGUAAUAGAAAAAAAACUGGUAAUAUAAAGGACAAUAAACACA